AUACGCGCUCCGCGCGGAACAUCUCACUUUACGAGCACAUCUUUCGACGCGAAAGUUGUCUCUCCCGCGCCUUGUUUUUUGGAUCACCUUUCUGCUGUAGCAAGUCGGCUCAGAAAUGCUGCUUUAUCCAGUGGUGCCGAGUUUGGCCGAUGUGAUCGCUUUCGCCGAGGCCAACCCAUGGGUGAUGGAUGGCUUGCCUCCCGUGACUGCACCGCUUAUUGAUCAGUUCUUGAGCGAGGUGUUUGCGCCCUUCGAGCCACAAAAAGCUGGGCCGUGUGCUCCUGAUGAGGCGAACUGUCCACCGCCCGGCGAAGACAAGGUCUUGGUUGAAGACAAGGCUGACAUAGAGGAUGCGCUGCCCAACGUACACAGCAACGACUCGAAUGAGGCCUCAGGUGCCUGCGCGGCAAGUUGUGAUGACAAGCAUCGCUCAUUACCGGAGUUCUCCCGCUCAUUUGACGUUGCGGGCUUCGUCGCCGGGGAGAUAACCGUGAAGACUGUGGGUAACUGCGUCGAAGUCCACGCCGGUCACCUAGAGAAGCCCUCGCCGGAAGAACAGGGAGACUACGUCCGCCGGGAGUACACCCAUCGCUUCACGCUGCCAGACGACGUGCGACAAGAUUCGAUUACAUCUGUUCUGACCGAGGAAGGAACGCUGGUGGUGCGAGCCCUGAGGAAUGGUGUCGCCUGCGCCGACGAAGCCAGUGGCAGAAGUACUGUCAGUUAAUGUCGAGGCAUGAAUUCAGCCUCGCUAAUGCGGAAACUGCUGUCCGGCUCAAGGAGCUACAACACUGUUGGAGAUGACCACCCAGACCACAUUUGUGAAAAAAACUAUCGCGGUUGACUGAGCAAACUGUUCAUCACUACCCAUGUUAUUGAAGCCAUGGCACCACAUGUAUAGGACGCCGACAGCCUAAAUGCCGAAACUAUACGUUUUGCGUACUUGCUAGCUAGUAUCGUGGUUCAUAAAUGAU